GUGUGUGUGUGUGUGUGUGUGUGUGUUUGUGGAAGCUUUCAGAUCAGUAUAUGGUUUAGAGUUUUAUUAAAACCUCUUUUAUACCAAAUCAUGUAGUAAAGUUAAAACCAAGCGCAUAAAUGUUCAGUGAGUGUGUGUUAAAGGGAAACGUGUGUGUGUGUGGUUGGUCACUUUGCUGCGUUUAAAGACGAGACAUGGAUUUUCUUUACAAACAGUAUAGUCUGAUUGGUCAGGGCAGACCAGCACCUAAAACUGCACAUGCAGAAACCGGAAGUAAAAUUCUUGGCAUUGACUGUUGAGUUCAAACUCUUUUUACAUCAGCGAAAGUUCAGCGCCGAACAACACAAAUGAAUCCUUCCAGAGAUGGAGGUAUCAUCAUUAUUUAUGACUUCUCCGUCAACUCGCACCCAGCAUUGAUUCACUGCAUGCGCAGCUUCAUAAAGGACAUUCUUUUGACUGAGGAGUGAAAAUUUUCUUGUAGUGUUUUAUCAGAAUGACUUUCAGCUCUUACAUAAGGUCAACACACACAUCAGGUGUACAAGAGGGUCAGUAUUUACCUAUGUGUGUGUAUGUGUGUGUGUGUGAAAAGAUUACAUUGUUCUUGAAAAUAUAACCAGCAUGUGAGCGUAUCUGAGUUUGUCCCCACACACACACACACACAAACACACACACACACACACUCAUAUUUGCUGUAAUUGCACGUUAGUGAAGGGCAGACACAGUUAGACUAGCAGAGGAUCAGAAACACACUGCAGGAGUGAACAGAAAAAAUUCUCUGCAGUCAUUUUUUUUUUUUUAUGAGGAACUGAAUUCACUUAAUCAACACAUUACACAUCCACACAGACAUAACCGCUGAACAGCUGAGCAUGACUGAGCCUGUGUUAUCUCCAAUCUCAACAUCUCCGAUAGCAGAAGAGGAGGAUGAAGACCUGAACAAAGCUUUUGGUGUUCAGAGAUUUCAGCAAAUUCUUAGUCCGACUUCGCGUGCGCCGAACGAGCACCGACAUUACAGCGAGGAGGACUUCCAGUAUCAUCGUCACUCGUCACAUCACGCCCGUCACCAUCUGUCCAAACACACCGAUGGCCGGAGAAAUAAGACUGGGAAAAAGAAAAGGAGUAAAGAGCGACACACGAGUGAUGACCUCAGCGUGCAGGAUGGAGACAAAGAGGAAGAAACACACACUGACAAACCCGAGAGCGAUACGCAGGACAGUGUGCAGUUCUUCCUGUACGAUGAAGAGGUUUUCAAUGCUGAUGGAGAAAACACAGCUGAGAACAAACACACGCCUGCAGGAACACACAACGACAGCAGCACUGCAGAUGUGGAGCUCACACACUCUGAGACUGAAACACACGAUGACAACACUCUGACUGAUUCUUCUAAACACCAUGUUGUGACCAUCAACCCAAGCUCUGUGACGUUUCACCCCAGCACUUUGACCAGUCCGAGCGGAAACAUGACGGGAAACGAGAGCACAAAAUACGAGAGGAUUCCUGCAGACGAGGCGGAGACACACGCACUUGGCUCAGCCAAUUUGGAUGACAUUAAGACUCACCGUUUCGAAGACGUUCCUGGCGUGAGAAGACACCUGGUGAGGAAAAGCACCAAAUCCUCCAUAGUGCACAUCAAUAAAGAUCACGCCGAGCUGAGCACACGCAGCCGCAAAGUUGACCGCACACCGCACGAGGUGUUUGUAGAGCUCAAUGAGCUGAUCGUAGAUAAGAACCAGGAGCUGCAGUGGCGAGAGACAGCACGCUGGAUUAAGUUUGAAGAGGACGUGGAGGAAGAAACACUCCGCUGGGGGAAACCGCACAUCGCCUCGCUUUCGUUCCGCAGUUUACUGGAGCUCCGCAAAACCAUAGCACAUGGUGCAGUGCUGCUGGAUCUAGAUCAGAAAACGUUAGCUGGAAUUUCUCACCAAGUCGUUGAGCAGAUGAUCAUCACUGACCAGAUCAGAGCUGAAGACAGAGCGAAUGUACUAAGAGCACUACUGCUGAAACACAGUCACCCAUGUGAUGAGAAAGAUCACAGCUCCUUCCCCAGAAACAUCUCAACAGCCAGUCUGGGUUCAUUAAUCUCUCAUCAUCACCAUCACCACCACCAUCAUCAUCAUCAUCAUCAGACAGAGCCGUCCGUCACCGACCCUCUGAUGGGGAACACAAACAAAAAACACGACAACACACAGCACACACAACCUGACACAGUUGAGAAAGAACCGGCCACAGCUGCUGGCAUGCACAAAUCUAAAUCUAAACACGAGCUCAAACUGCUGGAGAAAAUUCCUGAAAAUGCAGAAGCCACUGUGGUACUCGUGGGCAGUGUUGAUUUUCUGGACCAGCCCACCAUGGCGUUUGUGCGCUUGGAGGAAGCCGUGUUACUGGACUCGGUUCUGGAGGUUCCAGUUCCUGUGCGGUUCCUCUUCAUCUUACUUGGACCUAACAACUCCAGUAUGGACUACCACCAGAUCGGACGCUCAAUUUCCACGCUGAUGUCUGACAAGUCGUUCCAUGAAGCUGCAUAUCUGGCUGAUGAUCGUCAAGACCUUCUGAACGCCAUCAAUGGCUUCCUGGACUGCAGCAUUGUUCUUCCUCCAUCUGACUUUGGGGGCGACGACCUGCUGCGCUCCAUCACUCACUUCCAGAGAGAUAUGAUCAAAAAGCGAGAGGAACUGGAAAUCAGCAUGAUGAACAAUGAACAAAAGAGCCUGGAGGAGAAAGAGUCUCUGUUGGUGCACCAUGACCGUGGUGGUGACGAUGACCCCCUGAAGCGAUCAGGUCGGCCGUUUGGAGGUUUGGUCCGAGACGCACGACGCAGAUACCCAAAGUACAUCAGUGACUUCACAGAUGCUCUGAACCCGCAGUGCAUGGCGGCCAUUAUAUUUAUUUAUUUCGCUGCGCUUUCUCCUGCCAUCACAUUCGGAGGGCUGCUCGGUGAGAAGACGGAAGGUCUGAUCGGUGUUUCAGAGCUAAUUAUUGCUACGUGUAUUCAGGGAGUGAUAUUUUGCCUGCUGGGAGCACAGCCGCUGCUGGUGGUCGGAUUCUCCGGGCCUUUAUUAGUGUUUGAGGAAGCCUUCUUUUCCUUCUGUAAGAGUAACGAUUUGGAGUACCUGGCGGGUCGGGUAUGGAUUGGGUUCUGGCUCAUCAUAAUCGUGGUGCUCAUGGUAGCAUUUGAGGGAAGCUUCCUGGUUCGAUUCGUCUCUCGUUUCACUCAGGAGAUUUUCUCUUUCCUGAUCUCACUCAUCUUCAUCUACGAGACCUUCUCCAAACUCAUCAAGAUAUUUAAGGAACACCCACUGAAGCGCUGCUCGCUACUCAACGACUCCAUGUUAAACGACUCUGAGAGCUCCCUGGUAGAGAAUUUCACAUUGAACUCAUUAGCAUCAAACAACAGUUCGAUGGAAAAUAAGAAGAUUGUCGGAGAGCCGAACACAGCACUGCUUUCUCUGGUUCUCAUGGCAGGAACGUUCUUCAUUGCGUUUUACCUGCGCAAAUUCAAGAACAGCGCCUUCUUUCCAGGCAGGCUGAGGAGGGUGAUUGGAGAUUUUGGCGUUCCCAUCGCCAUCUUCAUCAUGGUGCUGGUGGAUUACAGUGUUCAGGAUACUUACACACAAAAGCUGAGUGUUCCUCGUGGUCUCUCUGUGACGAGCCCUAAUAAAAGGACCUGGAUUGUGAACCCUCUCGGCUCUAAUAAUACAUUUCCUAUAUGGAUGAUGGCAGCCAGCGUACUUCCUGCACUCUUAGUGUUUAUUCUCAUUUUUAUGGAGACACAAAUCACCACGCUGAUCGUGAGUAAAAAGGAGAGAAUGCUGGUUAAAGGUUCAGGUUUUCAUCUGGACCUUCUGCUCAUUGUGUGUGUUGGUGGGACCUGUGCUUUGUUUGGCUUACCAUGGAUGGCUGCUGCGACUGUCAGGUCUGUCACGCACGUUAAUGCGCUGACUGUGAUGAGUAAUGCCGUUGCCCCUGGUGAUAAGCCCAGAAUUCAAGAGGUCAAAGAGCAAAGAGUCACGGGACUGUUGGUGGCCAUAUUAGUGGGUCUCUCUAUCGUGAUUGGUGAAGUGUUGAGUCUGAUUCCUCUCGCUGUGCUCUUUGGGAUUUUCCUCUAUAUGGGUGUGAUGUCACUCAACGGCAUUCAGCUCAGCGAAAGAAUGAAGCUGCUGCUAAUGCCGACUAAAUACCACCCGGACGAAAUCUACGUCCGCAAGGUGCGGACGCUGCGCAUGCACCUCUUCACUGGGUUGCAGUUGGUGUGUUUGGCCAUUUUGUGGGUGGUCAUGUCGACGGCGGCGUCACUCGCUUUCCCCUUCGUCCUCAUCCUGACCGUCCCGCUAAGGAUGUUCAUCUUACCACGGAUAUUCAACGCACGUGAAAUGCAGUGUCUCGAUGCGGACGAUUCCGUGCCCACGUUUGAUGAGAAAGAGGGAGUGGAUGAGUACACAGAGAUGCCCAUGCCCGUUUGAUACUCACCUCCACUUAUUACACUCAUCUUCUCUCUGUCCAUCCACACAUGGUGGGAUUUAACUCACUUUAAUUUCACUGCCAGGGGAAAUUGGAGUGGAGGAAGCGUUGCUGUUCAGCUUUAAUCCUGAAGGGGCAUUGCUGAGCACAAAAACACAGAGUUAAAAUGUUAUCAUCCAAUUCAGCUCGUGCUUUGUUGCCAUGACAAACAAUACAUUUAUAUAUUGAAUUGUAAAAUCGAGUUGACUCAGAAAAACACAACAAAGGGUCAGUGUACAAAAAGUAUUACGAUGUAAUGCAUAAAUAUUAGCUAUUGUGAAGAUAAUUAAUGUAUUUUAAUAUAUUGGAAUCCAUUUGAAUUGAAUGUAAUGAUGAUGUUGAUUAAGGGUGAAUGUGUGUGUGCUUGAAUAACUUCAGUAACUCUAUCGAUACAGAUUAAUAAUCUGUGGGCUUUAUUCUUUAUUCUGUCCGAAUUAUUUACACCCUUGAUGCCAAAUUAGCCAUGUUGCUUCUUUGUUGCCAAUAAUAAUAAAAUUGUUAGCAGUUUUUAAGUUUGUAAGCUAGCAGAGAAAUUAAUGAUAAUGAAUCAGCCUAGACAUAGUUUUGGUACAGGACUCCAUUCCACUAAUAACAUGUGACCAAAGCAUCCCAGUGUUUUUCUUUUUUAAUAUAGAGAUGAACAAAAUUCUACACAAUUAUAGUUUAAAUAUAUAGGUAGCUGGCCUACAGUCAGUGAUCAUUUCCAUAUACUGGGAACUUUAUUUUCCUAGUUGUUGAAUGACAAACAUUGCCGAAACCUAAGGUAAGAUGGGUUUAUGUGAAGAAUGUAAGACACGGUCAACAUUUUGUAGCUGAUACAAAAUGAAGCUUUCCUUGUAUUAACAAGGAAAAUACAGGAUGCUGUAGCCAGCUAAUUGUAGUUUAUUAGCAAUAUCUAGCAUAGCCUGCUAGUUUGGUCUAAGUUUCUCAACUAGCUGAUAAUGAGUAACGAGAGUGCCUCUGAAAUUGCACUGUGAUGCUACAUUAUAGCUAGCAUAAAGGAGUUUAGAAGUGUUCAAAGUAAGAAUAUUUUGCAUACUGAACUACUGCUACUCACAUUCUGAAUAUAAUCAACCAUGAGGAAAAAUAACCUAAUAGAUCAUGUUUGCUAUAAAACAACUCUAAUGCCAUGUGACUCAGAGUAUGAUUGCAAAUUUAAACACUAACACUAUCUAUGUUUUCUAUUUCUAUCUAACUAGAUGCGUAUCUAACACUGUGUUUUUAUUUAUUAGCAUAAUGCUAAUUAAAGAAGAAUAGUAUUCACCACUUCCGUUGUUUUGGGUUAAAUAUUACACUGAGUGUGUAAAAGGUGCAUAUGAAAGUCAGCAGUGCUACACUGACUGAAAAGAGAAAGGUGCCAGUGCACUGGCUGUAGGGAUCGGUUCUCCCGGAUGUCAUCCAAGAACCCUUCCCAACCCAUCCAAGUUACAGUGUUAACUAUCCAGGUUAUGUAUUACAGUGAUAGCUCCUCAACUUAUUUAAUACCUUACUUAUUUAAUACCAUUGUUAGCGAUACUGGCUAACUACUACGCUCACUAGCUAUUUAAAAAUAUAUAUAUAUUUUACUCUCCAUAAAUCCCUUUGUCGUCACGCUAUCCAGAUCUUCAGGUCCACUAAUCAAAUAGUCAACCACAAGAUAUCCAAUUUAUACUUAUAUAAAUAUAUAUAAAAAUGACAAUUGUUACUUUUUUAUUUAUGCAAGGGAAUCAUGGUGGUGAAAGACAAGUGUACAAUCUUUUAUUUGUUUUAAUAAAUCUGCUUAUCAUCUUACACGGGAUUUUAUUUUCUCUGGUCUGUUUUAGCAUUAAAAAAUAGAAUUUGUUGUGUUCUAUUUUAAAAUUAUAUAAUGAUAAAAUGUAAAUGUCUCCCUGUUUUGUUUCAUGUAUAAAUAAAUAUAUCAUUCUUUUCA